GAGGUAGUCUCAAUACCUUGAGUUUCUGUCGUCGCAUGUCAUUAUAUAACCCUAGACAGUAUACUGAAGAAAUCAGUCUGUUCCUUAAUUCAGUCAACAACAGAACUUCGAUUCUUCAUUAGAACUACAGGAUUUCCCCCCGCCACUUUCUACAACUUAGACCGGAAGCCCCUCCACACUACCGACUACCUCUAACAAAUGCCGGGUGCAACUACGGCAACGAACACAGCAACAACCACGCCGCUUUUAAAUUCAACGGACUCGCUCUUGAAACAGAAGAGCAUUGUCACAACGACUUCCUCACAAGCAUCUUUGGAUUCCCACGACGCGGCCAUGCAAUCAUUUACUCCUGGGCAGUGCCUUUUCUGCCCCAAUCUCUUGCCAAGCUUCCAUGCCAGUGUAGCCCAUAUGCAAAAGUCGCACGGCCUGUUCAUCCCACACCGGCAAAAUCUAGUCGUCGACCUGGAAACUCUCUUCAAGUACCUGCACCUAGUCAUAUUCGAUUACCGGGAAUGUCUGCACUGCGGGACAGAGAGGACAACGGUACAAGCCGUACAGCAGCACAUGAUCGGCAAGGGUCACUGCAGGUUUGAUCCAGCAGAACAAGACUCCGAAUUCACCGAUUUCUACGACUUCACUCUAUCUGAAGCGGAAUACAAGGAAGAGAGCGCAGAUGACUUUGAGAGUGGCGAAGAAGAGUGCGAUGCGCAAAAUGUGCCAGCAAGCCCAAGUCGACAGCCGUUACAGGGUGAUGAGGACUUCCUUCGGUUGCCGUCAGGCAAGAUCAUAUCCAAGCGGUCCUCGGAACAAACGGGACCAUCUAUCAACAACCUACGACGUCGAAUCCGGUCCCCACCUUCACAGCUGGAAUAUGCCCGGGUAGAGUCCGAAAAAGAGGAGUCCAGUGAGGACCAGCUACACACAGAUCAGACACAAACCCUGUCGAAAAGAGAAAAGCGAGAGAGAGCAUUGGUUAUCCAUGAGCUGGCAAACAUGAGAGCGAACGAUCGAAGUGCCCUGAUGCACUUGUCCGCGUCACAGCAGCGCUCACUACUGGUGGUGCAGCACAGGAACGAGGAAAAGGUGCAGAAGGAGGAACGCCGCCGCCAAGGCAAGAUUGACCGGAAGGGGAAUAAGAACUUGUAUGCGUACUGGAACACUGAGACGCCUGUCUACCAGUGUGGAUAGCUCAUAGAUAAUAGCCUGUAUCCUGAGGGCUGUAUCUGGUCCUGAAUGCUUAUUGUCGUUGUCGUGUAUGUCGAUCACCUUGAAAAGAAGCCAUGAGCUGCUAAUAUAUUUGAUGGGUUAAUAAGCAUUGUGAUCAUCGCGGAAAUGGAGAGACGGCUGAAUGCAUUGUAC